GCUCAAGCCAUUCAAGGCUCAGGGCGUCUCCGCUGCUCAAUGCGACGGCGGGCGAGUAGUUGGGCCCGCCGAGGCUCCCGACAGCCCUGACCGCCAUGGGCAACGUUGCCUCCUGCGAGUGCCCCCCAAGAAAUACGCGCGAUCACGAGAAGACUGACAGCGAGUUGGACGUCGCCAGGGACCUGGCGGCCCGGCUCGGGCUGGUCACGCUGAGCAAUUCGGCCAGCAGCGCCACGUUGAUGGGCAAGGAUAUCAGUGCCAAGGAGCAGAGGCUCUUCAUGCGGGUCAUGGACAAGCUGGAGGAGCACACCGAGUUCAUGUCCAGCGGCGACAGCAGCAUGGCCGGGGACUCCGUCAUAAACGGAGGCAUGGACACAGACUACGGCGACGACACCGAGCUGCAGCGCUGGCAGACCCCGAGCCUCUUCUCCCGCCUGCUGGCCGGCCUCUUGGGCCGCCCUCCUUCGCUGCCGAACGUCAGGGUGGAGGACUGGGAGCUGGUGAGCGCGUGGGAGCAGCUCCGGCACCACCAGUUGCCCGACCGGCUCCUGGCCGAGCGCAUCCUGAAGGCGGUGACGAAGCUCUACGCGUCGCAGCCGAACGUCGUCAAGGUGGCGCGCCCCGGCUCCGGCCAGAAUCUGAUUGUCGUCGGGGACCUGCACGGCCACCUGGGCGACCUCAUGCACAUCCUGGACGAGUACGGGGAGCCGAAGGAGGGUGCGGGAGGCACCGCCUACGUUUUCAACGGCGACUACGUCGACAGGGGCACGUGGGGCCCGGAGGUGUUGCUCUGCCUGUACUGCCUGAAGCUGCGCUUUCCCGGUGCCGUGCACCUGAACCGCGGGAACCACGAGGACGUCAGUCUGAAUUUGCAGCCCGAGAACGGUUUCCGCGACGUCCACUGUGUGCGCGCCUGGAAGAAGGACGCCGCGCUGAUGUACAGGCUCUGCAGGCGCAGCUUCUUGUGCCUGCCCUUGGUCCACGUCAUCGGCGACGAGCUCUGCGUGCUCCACGGGGGGCUUGCCCUCGACCCGGGCGUGACGCUCGCGGAGAUCAACAUGAUCAACAGGAAGCGCGACCUGCCCAUGCGGAGCUGCCAGAACCUGGGCUACCCCGCCAAGCAGAAGGUCACCGCGAGAAGGGAGCUGAUCACGAGGGAGAAGGACCACAUCGCGGUGGGGACGCCUGGGCAGAUCAUCGGCAAGAUCAAGAAGUCCCGGGCCGUGGAGGUGGCGUUCGCCGAUGGCCACGCUGUCGUCGAGGUCUUCGGCGCUCCAGAGCUGGAGCAGAACCUGAGCAUCGAGUACGCCGAUGCCCGCGAGAAGGAGCUGCAGAGGCUCGACCGCAUCUUUCUCGCGCUGCUCUGGAGCGAUCCGAUCGAGGAAAACCCCGACAAGGACCCCGAGGAGCCUGGUCCGAACACGGCCAGGGGCAUGGGCAUGCGCUUCGACGCGAAGGUGACCGAGGAGUUCCUCCAGAACAACGGUCUCCAGUGCCUCCUGCGCUCCCACCAGAAGCGCGAGACCGGGUACGAGACCGAGUUCCGGCGGGGCGACGCGCCCCUGGCGGUGACGAUCUUCUCCGCGAGCAAUUACCCGGCGGGGGCGGGCGAGUUGCUGCAGGCGGGCAACAAGGCUUCCGUGGCCGUGCUGUCGGGGGAGGGGUCGUCCGUCUCGCAGCCCCUGACGUCCGUGAUGAAGGCCAGCAAGCCGUGGUCAGAGCCGCACAGCGACCUCGUGCGUUGGAGCCGCCCAGUGAUUGGGGGCAAAGCGCUGACGGGCAUCAAGGCUUCCGAGCCCCCAGGACCCACGGGAACUCCACCGACGCCGCAGUCCUCGGGCACCCAGGACAAGAAGCUCCAUGCGAAGCUCGCGCGGGAUCAGGCCCUGGAGCAGCUGUGGCUGAAGAUCUACUGCCGCAGGCCUGAGCUCAUGGCGUUCCUGUCCAACCUGGACAGGGCCGACACGGGCGCAGUCACCCUUGCGCAGUGGGCGUCUGCGAUGCGAGGUUGCCUCAUCCCCGACGAGUCUUUUCCGUGGGAGGAGUUGGCGCCACAUUUGGCCACCUUCUACAAAGGCAAGUGCCAGUACAUGGCCUUUUUGAUGCGGUACAAGAACGUGCUCUCCGCCCGACUGGAGAGUCACUGGACCAGGAGGGCCCUUGGGCAGUUGUUCGGGAAGAUGGGCGGGGGAGACGAUGCCGAGGCUCAGUGGAAGCAGCUAGACCGCAACGCAGACGGGCAGCUGUCGUACUUCGAGCUGCGGCCGCUCCUGAAGGCGAACCUCGAGUUCACCGCCUCGGACAUCGAGAACGACGGCGUGUACGCGCUGCUGGCGGCAAUGGACAAGAACUGCAGUGGGUUCGUCGAGAAGGGCGAGUUCCUGGACGCGAUCGGGCGCGGGAGGGAGUGGCACGAGAACCCCGAGCGGCUGGGGCAGGCCUCCAAGGAGGAGAACGAGGCGAUCGAUCGGUGUUGGGGCUUCCUGCACAGCGCCAUGCGGACGCUCGCGUCGAAGCGCACGUCCGUGUCGAAGCUGUUCAAUUUCCUGGACACCAGUCGCGAUGGCGUGCUGUCCAGCCAGGAGUUCAUGACGGGUAUGAAGAUUCUCCUGAAGGAGGACAAGCAACUGACGAAGAACAUGAGCAACUGGCAUCCGCUCCUGUGGACGCUGAUCGACACGGACUCGAGCGGCUCGGCCUCACUUGAGGAGCUCCAGUCCGCGCUUUACGUGGUGGACUCUGUGAGCGAGUGACGGGCGGCCCCCGCGCAAGUGCCUUCCCUGAGCAGGAAGGAGAGCCAGGUGAGCAUUGGGAGUAGCAUCAGGAACGAAUAACGAA